GACCCUGAGGAAACGAGGAUUUGAAUGGAUCUCGAGUCAACGUAAACCAUGAAGAAGUUCACCUUCAAAGGCGUCUUGGACGGGCUCAGGUCCUCCGUGUCCCAGCAGCCCCGAAACGACCAGGAGAUCGUCGAGACCCUCAGGCCGGAGAAUUUUCAAGUCGCCAAGACUUUUCGCCAUGGUUUUCCCAACCAACCAACUGCCGUGGCCUUCGAUCCGAUCCAGCGGCUCCUGGCGAUCGGGUCUAAAAACGGAUCCCUUAGAAUACUAGGAAGAUUCGGAGUCGAUUGUCAUGUUUUCCACGAAGGCGAGGUGGGCAUCAUACAGAUCGUUUUCCUUGUCAACGAAGGCGCCUUGAUAACAGCCACUACUGAUGACAGUGUUCACCUUUGGAAUUUCAGACAGAAAAGGCCGGACCUCGUCCAUAGUCUUCAAUUUCAAAGAGAAAGAAUAACGUGCAUACACCUCCCUCUUCACAGUAAAUGGCUGUACGUCGGCUCUGAAAGGGGCAAUAUUCACGUGGUAAAUAUUGAAUCUUUCCAGCUCUCCGGGUACGUCAUCAACUGGAACAAAGCGAUCGAAGUGUCACGCAAAACACACCCUGGAGCUGUUGUGCACUUAAGUGAUAACCCUUUAGAUUCGAGUAAGUUACUUAUUGCUUUUGAAAGUGGGCAGCUGGUCCUUUGGGAUCUUAGAAUGAAAGUAGCAGAAGCAAGAUGGCAAUCAAGCGAACCUCUAAAAUCUGUAAUAUGGCACCACGAUGGCAAACAGUUCAUGACCUCACACACAGACGGCACCUUACAGACCUGGAACAUUCGACAAUUUGGCAAACCUGUCAAUAUCCUGCAACCGCACGCAAAAAUUGGAAAGGAUGGUAAACCCGAAUCUUGCAAAGCGAUUCAAAAAGUAGAAUGGAAAGCUGCGAGAAGCGGAGAAACAUUUGUAAUAUUCUGUGGUGGCUUGACUUAUGACAAAGCCGGAAGGUCACCAAGCAUAACUAUUAUGCAUGGUAAAGCUACAACUGUGUUAGAAAUGGAGCACAAUGUUAUUGAUUUUAUUACAUUGUGUGAAAGCCCAUAUGCAAGUGAUAUUCCAGAGCCGUAUGCUAUAGUUGUCGUACUUCAGAAUGACCUUGUCGUCAUUGACCUCCUCAGUCCAGGCUUUCCGUGUUUUGAAAGUCCUCACCCAAUGGAUGUACACGAAUGUCCAGUGACUUGUUGCACAUAUCUUGCUGACUGUCCUUCAGAUCUGAUACCUGCUUUCUACUCCAUUGGGUCACGAUCUUCAAAACGGACGGGAUUUAGUGAUAAAGAAUGGCCACUUGCCGGAGGAGAAUGGACGACUCCACCUUGUAGUUAUAGUGAAAUAAUUAUUACUGGACAUGCGGAUGGGAGUAUAAAAUUUUGGGAUGCGUCGUGUGGUACUCUUCAGGUUUUGUACAAAGUAAAAACAAAUAAAGUAUUUGAAAGGCCGCAGAGCAAAUCACAAGAUGGUAACGAUGACGACCCUUUUGCCAUUCAACUCUUGUCGCUCUGUCCUGAAUCAAGAAAAUUGUGUAUCGCCGGUGCAGCUGGUUAUGUGAUUCUUUUCAAGUUUAAAAAACAAGAAUCGUCUUCUGAAACAGCGGUUUUGGACAUCCCGAUUGUCUACGAGGCCUUUGAUGAGCUAGAAUGUUCACCAGAAACUGAUUAUUCAAGGAGUAACCUAAACAAAAUUGACUCUGGGGAUAAUAAGAUUUUUGGAGCGGAUACAGGAACACCAAUAAAAGUAAAACCAGGCCUACAGAAAAAACCCCCAGGCUUUCAGGCUACAUUAGUCUGUAUUUCUCCAGCACCUAUAACAUCUCUGGGUAUCAACUCUUCAUACGGGCUGAUGGCUUAUGGAACAGAUACUGGAGCUGUAGUAGUGGACAUUGUGCAUAAAAUAUGUUUGUUGAAUGUUGCUACGCCAGACCUGUACGGAGGCGCUGAUCCCUAUCAGCGAGUACCAAAGUCACCAAAAAGAAGUCAGCCACCAGACUCAGACCCAGACAGGUGUAGGUCACCAAGUAUAGAUCAGGGUGUUGAAGUUGAAGAAAACAUAUCAGGAAAUACUUCACCACACGAAGAUGCCGAGACUGAACCAAGAAGGCGCAAGUUUAAUCUGAAAAAGCAGCUCAGCCGGGUCGAUCUAAAGCUGAAGUUCCAGCCGAGAAACAACAAAAGAUCGUGUUCAGUCUUUUACGCAGAAAAAGAUUCAGCCGAUGAGAGCCCCACUAGUCUGAGCCCGGACGACGAUAUGCCUACGAUCAAAGAGCCGGAGACGGAUGAAAAGCCGGCCGUGAGACCUUCCGAUCUUGCCUUGUUUGAAGAACGGCCCAUUCCGCCUCCGAGGAGGGAGAAAAAAGACAAGGAAAUGCCUAAACGAGACACAAGACUAUUAUCGGUCCCAAAUAUUAAGUAUCAUCCGAGGAUAAACCAAGGCAGAUCAGCAAUGAUACGCAAAAUAAAUAAAUUAGACAGUUCAUUUUCAAGAUCAAGAAGUUCUAGUAUGUCAAGCCUAGAGAAUAUAAGUUCAGAAGCUGUUCAGUGCAUUACAUUUGCGGAUUCAUAUACAAAAAAAUCAGACCCUUCGACAUUCCCUACUCUGUGGUUUGGCACAAGCCUUGGAUCAGUUUUGACUGUGAUGCUCAACGUACCUUCAUCUGAUAUUAGACUGACUCACCCUGUUGCUGUUGGGCCAUUCGGCACAAUGUUUCGCUUAAAAGGGUCCAUUUUAACCAUGUCUUUCCUUGAUUGCAAUGGUGCUUUAAUUCCUUACACAUUCGAAAGUUGGAAAGACGAAAGUAAAGAAAAACAAAGCCGUGAGUAUAUUUAUUCAUUUUAUUCUUUUCAGACUUUUUAUUUUAAAUUUUGUUUCGUUUCAGGAUCCUCUAGAGCAAAUAGCAAUAGCAGGAUGUCUCCUCCUGGCACUGCAAUCGGGGAAGUCAGCAGUUGUGAUAGACAGUUUGUGGUGAUCGUAAGUGAAAAACAGGCAAUCGUCGCUGCUCUUCCUUCCCAUAACAUCGUAUACAAGCAGCAAAUAACUGAAACUGAUUUUGUAGUGAAAGCUGAAAUUAUUUCUCUUAAAGAAAGCGUCUGUUUGGUUUGUUACAUUUCAAACGGCCAUAUCGUCGCUUACAGUUUACCGAGUCUUCGGACUUUGAUCGACACAGAUUUUCUCCCGUUGGCCGAUUUAAGUUUUCAGACACGGAAACCGGGCAUAGUUGACCCAAUGUUGUCCAUUUGGGGGCAACAGAUGUUUGUCAAUGAGGAUACAGACCAAAUCGCGAGAACAUUUUCUUUUAGCAAUCAUGGCAAUGGAUUAUAUCUAUGCUCGCCGACUGAAAUACAGAAGUUUUCAGUCUCCGCCGAUUUUUGUUCUAGUCUUAGUGAGAUGGUCGGGGAACUUUUUCUCCCCCAUGAUAUGCCCGAGCCACCAAAAGAGAGUUUUUUCAAAGGAUUGUUCGGUGGAGGAGCGAGAUCUCUGGACCGAGAAGAAUUGUUUGGAGAAGCAUCGAGCGGGAAAGCCUCGAGGACGAUUGCCAAACACAUACCCGGAAUUGCAGGCCUCGACUCAAACUCUCAAAAGGCCUGCGGCGAGAUCGCCAAAGCGCACCAGAUGGUCGUCGAAAGAGGGGAAAAAUUGUCCCAGCUCGAGGAGAGGACGGCGAGGAUGAUGAAUGAAGCGGAAACUUUCCAGUCCUCUGCCCACGGUCUAAUGCUCAAGUACAAAGACAAAAAAUGGUAUCAAAUAUGAAGUACUCAAUUUAGUUUUCUUUUUCUUCAACUACCUCCUCUUAUGUAUCUUUUCUUCGGAAUUAAGCAAAAGUAAUAAAGAAAUAAAUAAAUAAAAGAGAAUAACUUGUGCAGAACUUUAAGAUUCUGUGAUAUUGAUUAGAGAAUUCUUGCAUUAGUUGAAAUUUCCUUUUUAUAAUUAAAUUUGUAACGGCCAAAUUUGGGACUCAAAAGUAACAGAUUAUAUAAAGUGAAUAUUAUUAAAAACAAAUCAUUAAAAAUAAAAUGAAAGGUUUAAAUAUUAUUUUAAUUUCUUUUUUUUUUUUUUUUUGUGUGUGUUUUAAACGUUUUGUAAACUUAAGAGCCUCAACUUUGGCUAAGACUAAAGAGAAUUUUAAACAUAAAAUGAAUGCACUAUUUGUUCAAAUAUAUGGCACAAUUUAAUAGUCGCAGUAAAUACAUACUGUUAAACUGUGCUUUAAUUAGUAAUUAAUAUUAGAAAGAGUUAUCACUUUUUCAAGAAAACAGGAAUGUUAAAAUUAAAAUAUAAGACUAUAAUUAUAUUUCAUAAGCUAUAAGAAAAAGAAAAAUGUAGUCUGAAUAGAUUGCUAUAAUUGCUGUAUGUAUAUAAUAUUUUCAUUAUGUUAGUCAUUGUAAAUAGAGAUCAUAUCUCUGUUCAUACACACUAUAUAUUAAAGAUAUGAUCUAAUGUGUAUUAGAUUAGGCGCUGGAAUAAUUUUUGUUUCAUUUGAUACUAAUAACUAUAUAAGAAAAAAAAUACGUGAAAAUUAGUUUUCCUGAAAAAUUUCAAAUUUUUCUUAUUAGUUGAAAUUUAUUCAUAAACAAAGGCCUUCUGACCCAAAAGCAUUAUUUAUAAAUGACAAUAAAUUUAAUUUUUGCUCGUGGUAACGUCAAGCACAAUAAAAAUGUUACCUUUGAAAUUCUAGUCAGUUUUUUGAUUUGUAAAUAUUCGUCUUCCACACGUUGUUCUUUUGUUUUGUGUUAAUCUUUUUAAACACCCCCUCCCUCCCCUUCAGGUUAAAUUUUUUAGUUUAUUAUUAAAUUUCGUUGUUAUUGUUGAUUUAUAAUACUCUUUAUAGAAGCGCUCGUAGUAAACAUGGUUGCAUAUAUUUUUAAUGGUUACCAGGUAAAGGUAUAAAAUACAAGCAAACAUCUCAGAUCUUGUGGGAGACAAAAUGUUAUAUAAAUAAUCUGAAAUCUAUAUUUCUAGUUAAUUUUUGUAUCUGUAGUGGUUAACUACAUAAUUGGAUCUAAAAAAUAUAUAUAUUAUAUACUGAUACUGGUUAAUCAGCUGUGUGAUUAAUAUUAAUGUUUGUAUUUUAAGAUCACUGUAUACAUUUUGACACAAGUAUACAAAUCCUGAUAAAUGAAUUGUUUUAUUUUAUUGGGCUUCCUUAUUUCUUUUUAUUAUUAUUAUUAUUAUUAUUAAAAAAAGACACAUGAUACACUAGCAAAUACACAUCCUGUUUAUUUUAGGACCUGUAAUAAAAUAAAGGGUUUGUGUACAUAAACUUUCAUAAAGGAAGUCAGUGUUGCUUAACAUAAUUUUUAUAUAAUGUAUUGUUUGUAUAUACAAUAAACAAUAUUUGAUAAUGUUAAUAAAACGACUUACCUUAAGUGUAAUACAAUGGGAUAGAAAAUAGAGUUUUAUAAGGUUGCUGGUUGUACCGCGAGAUCUAGAAGUUUGCCAGAUGAAAUUUCCAAGGAAAACCAUAUCCUCAAUAAAAAGCUCAUACUUGUUCACAAGAAAAACUUCACAAAAAAAAAAAAUCCUUCUAAAAUGUGUGAUAUAAUAUGGCUGUGUAAAAA